AUUUAAUCAUCAUCUUCCUCUCGCCAUCUCUUGAUACUCAAAUAAACUGUGACCAUAUGAUCAGUCACAUUUUCUUGGUGAACAGAUUCAAGAACCUUAAUUGUCUUAAUUGUUCAAUUCGAUCUUGGUUUACUCCUUUACUUUUUGUUCAUUUCAAAUGAUUUCAAUUGGUUCUUAAUUUUUCUCUAUUUAGUUGAUUGAUUAGAAUUUAAAUGUCUUCCAAUGUUCCAAAGUGUUUCGUUUAUCUACAAAGCAAAGGUUUUGUUCAUCUAAAUUCAAAGGCUGAAAAAAUCAAAGAAUUGGCCACUUUUGGUAUCAUAAUUAAAUCCAAUUUGAAGCGAUGCAUAAAUGAUUACAAUCGACUGAUUGACAAGUUCAGUGUCUUCCCGAUUUCUGGUCUCAGCAGUUUCAAAAGUCUGAAUAGUUUGUUACAUGGAAGACAAUUGGAUAAAUUUGCUGUUAAUUUUGAUUCGGUUGAUUCAAUCGAGGUGAUUAGUGAACCUCAUGAGAAUCUGAAUUUAUGGUCAAGCAAAAGACCAAUGAAAAACUUAAUCAUUUUGUGUGAUAAAAGUCAAUCUCUUAAUUUGUUUUAUUCCUUUCAAAAUGAAAGGUAUCGAUGGUGGCGAAAGUUAUCUGGAUGCCCAUCGCACUUUUAUCAAUCGCCAAUUGGAAAAUGUAAAUCAACCAACACGGAAAAUGUAACCAUCGAUUUCAGAUCUUCUUUGAUUGAUGAGAAAAGUUUGUGUCUUGAGAACGUGAAAUAUUUAACUGAUUCUGAUCAAAUCAACGAAAUGUUCGGAUUCCAAUCGAAUCAACAUUUGAUUUGGUCAAAGAUCUUCCCCGAUAAUGCGACCAUUUCUUACAUGAUCGAUGGAUGUUCACAGGACGAGAACGGAGAUUUCAAAGAAAUGUGGUUUCAUGAAUCUCUUGCUCCUUAUCAUGUUGCCAUUUCGAUACAGUCAUCAACUAAUUCUGAUUUGGAUUCCAAGUUGGAGGAAGUCGCUAAUUACCUAAUGAAAGAGAUGAAAGACUGUGGAAUUACCGUAUUCCCAUUCAAACAUCGUUCCAACUCUCUUCAGAAUGUCUCAUUUUCAUGGUUCGAUUCAAUUGGAAUACCUUAUUCAAUUUCGAUUACACAAGAAAGCUUACAAUUAGGAAUAAUUGGCUUACGGAACAAAGAGACUAAUCUAGAGGAAAAAGUUCAUAUCACCAGAGUCAAAGUUAAUUUACUUCUUUACCUUAAAUUGAUGAAACCUCUUGAUGUUAAACUCGCUAUAAUGGAAUCAGCUAAAUCUUCAUAGUAUUAUCAUGUUAAUAAAAAAUCCAUUGAAAAAAUA